AUUUAUUUCACGUUGCAAAUAUUCGGGUGCGCAGUAAAACUGCGCGGCUUGCAGAAGCCUGAAAACCACCAAACUCAGACAAUGUCUUCUGCUUCCUGACAGCUGAAAACUCUGGCUAUAAGGUUGUCCAAAGAAUCAAGGGUAUUGCUGUUCCAAAACCACCUCUUACGCAAACGCAAUAUAAGCAGUAAAUAAUGCAAAGCCGAGACCGAAAUAUUAAACUCCUCUUGUGUAGGAUUGGAUCUAUCAGGGCGUGGGUGUUGAAAUCUGAUUUUUGUGGCAUAUUCCAAUUACAAAGGAAUUCUUUCAGGGUCUAACACUGAACAAGCAGCCAAUUCUGCUCACUUUAUCGCUAGAUCUAAUUCCCUGAUAAAAAAAAAAAAAAAAAAAAAAAAAAGCAGUGUGUUCCUGUGUGCCAUGGCCAGGUUAGAGCACAAAGAGCUCCUCUGUCUUCCGACCAGCAAAUCCUCUCGCGUGGGUCUGUGUGUGUUGGAGGGGGUGUUUGUUUUGCCGCUCUCAUUAGCCCCCACAGCCCAGUUCUCCUCCCCGAAGAUUGGGCGGCGCGCGCAAAGAAAACACGUAAGUGGUGGUGUCAGUAAAUUUUGGCAGCCAGGAUAGUGUCCCCCGCGCUGGACGCCACAGCAGCCUGUGCUAUGCCUAGGAAGGAGCUGGGGAUGGCUGGCUGCAACUCUGGCAGCUGUGACAGCAUGGUCAGCACAGCCUCCAACCACUCGCAACGUAGUGAUAACAGUUAUGACUACUUAUCUGUGGAAGAGAAAGAAUGUUUGAUGUUUUUAGAAGAAACUAUUGGCUCGCUGGAUGCAGAAGCAGACAGCGGGGUCUCUACUGAUGAGACCGAUUACGUGGAACCCUCCAAGCUGCCCGGGACGCGGCCCAAGAGAGACUCCCUUCCCCGGGACUUGGAAAACGGGGCUCCCCCUCUGAGUGCAGGCCAGCAGUGUGCAGCUGAAGAGAAGAGCGGUAAGAGCAUCUCUGCUUUCUCAAGCUCGGCUCCAGCAGCGGUUCCAAGCCCAGGCUACUUCAGUCUUCCGAGGAACACCACCGUAGCAAACGCACAGAGAGCAAACGGAGCUUCUGACAGCAAAGCGACUGUCCGCACAGUGGAGCCAGUGCCAGCGGGUAAAUCUUCACAGGAGAUGGCCAAGAAGGACAAGCUUGACCAUGCCGAUGCGAGAAGCCACAUGAAAUCCCUGGAAUUGUUGAUUAUCCAACCUCCAGGUCCCUUCCAGGACAACCUGGUUAAUCACGAGUGGCCACAUAGCAAUCGCUCAGAUGCCAAGAGGGAAACAGCCAAGGAGACCAAGACUUGGAAUUCAAGGGGCCAGCCAGAAAAAUCCACAUUGGAAGAGGCCCCUCAGGACCCUGAUGCCAAGCGCGGGCCUCCAACUGCCCCCAAACCACGAAAACUGCCACCAAAUAUUAUCCUGAAGACCAGCAAAAACAGCCCAGUGCCACUCACCACGGAGCCCAGCCAGAAGGUAAAAGCACCACCUGCAUCUUCAACGGGCUCUCAGGCCGGCUCUGCCGGCGACACCACUGCUGAAAAGGUGAAUUCAGGGCACCUCGACCCCAAGGAGAGGGAGAAAGCCCGGCGGGAGGCAUUGGAGAAGCUCGGACUGUCACAGGACAGGAGGGAGCCCAACAGCCACCUUCACCCUACCGUGCACCCCCAGCCACGGGAGACGCUGCUCCCCAACCCCGGGGAGCCCGGGGGGGCAGCGGAGCGGGCGGUGCCGGGUGUUCGGCCGAUGACCUUCAAAUCCAACACCCUGGAGCGCUCCGGCGUGGGGCUGAGCAGCUACAUGGCCAGUGCCAAGGAGCAGAGCGUCAAGACCAGCAGCUCCUUGGGUAAGAUGUCCUUCAUCGAGCGGCUCGCCCCGAGCUUCCUCAGGAGCAGCCGUCCCCGGCCGGCAUCGCUCGGGACAGGGAAGGACUUUGCGAGUCUGAAGGAGCCCGGGCAGGUGGAGCAGGAGAAGAGCAGCAAGCGGCGAUCCCACCCGCUGCAGAACUUCCCCAGGCCACCCCGCUCCUGCGUCAGCGUGAAGAUUUCCCCCAAGGGCGCGACCGACGAGAACCGGCGAGAGGCACUGAAGAAGCUCGGUCUGCUGAAGGAAUAGCUCUGUGGGCAGUGGGGCUGCUGGAAAAUGGGCUUUGCACCCCAGACCCAGAUGCCUUCACUGCCCAUCCUUGGGCAGCACAACCGUAAGCAUCUUCUGCUGUGAUCUCCUGCCCCAGCGUCUCAGGAGUGGUGCCACCAGAGGUAUCCAGAGCUUCACGCCAAAUAGGUAACACCACGUGUACAUAAGAUUUUGUAUAUAGCAAGUGUAUAUGAGCUAUUUAUAUAAAACAUCCCUCAGCACGUGGAUGGGGCAUAUUCUCCUACAAGGUCUUUAAUGCAUUUGGGGGUUCAUCAAAACAGGGAAGCCAUGGAAUUGGGGGUUUGGCUUAAUUUCAAAGGGGUUGCCUGUGGAUCUCUGGGAAGAACUGCAGGACUCUGCCGCUCCUUUAGGAUUUUAUGUUUGUUUGUUAACUUUAUCAAAGCCUCUGAGGCCUGAGCACUCACCCGCCCCAUGCAAGUGCCUCCCAAAAGCCACCACUGCCACAUACAAAACCAUUGGGCCAACGGGCACUGGGAGGGGGGGGGGGCUGGGAACUCUGCCCCCCACACGAGUGCUGCUCGUACAGCACCUGUGGGCGAGAGCCUGGACGGCUGCACGGGCAUCCUGCCCCCUCCCCGCUGGACCAUCCUCACAGCCCGGCAGCCUGGGUACAGCACGUGGAACACCCGUGUCCCACCUGAAGGGACAGUUCAGAAGCGACAGACUCUGAGUUGGGGGCAGAACCAGAAGCGCUGCCCAAAACGAGCGAGGCGCAAGUCUGACAGCAGCAUCCCGACCCUUUUCCUCGCGUCUUUCAGCCCCAGCUGAUGGCUGUCGACGUUUCUGCUGCGCACCUUUUUGUAAUGAAGGUGGUUUAUUUCUGUAAUA